AUGACCAGUGCCCACACUGCAAGGACACAGUCUGACAAAAACCCUGCCUGUUCAGCCCAGGGUGGCUGCUGGGCUACAGGAGCCCUCAUACCUCAGAACACUGCAGGCUGCAGACACCCCUGCAGCCAGGCCAAAACCACCCAGCUUUGUGCUCCACAGGGUCUCCACAGAGACAGCAUGGCUAUUCAGGGCCAUUGUCUCCUACUUUUGACCUGCCUGCUGGCCCUGGCAGCAUCUUUUCCUGAUAUUGACAUAAGAAACUUGUACCUUCUCAAUGGCACGAUGGAUGACAUUAUGAAUGCUCCCCCAGAGUCCUCCCAGCUUGAUGAUGGUGAUGGACACGUCCGACAGGCCAGAGACAUCGCCCACCACCCGCCAGCGAGCCAUGGUUGGCCCAAAGACUGCAGUGAGAUUCCCCGUGGAAGCCACAGCGGCGUCUACAUCAUCCAGCCCAAAGGGCUCCACCACCUCGUGGUGUACUGCGAGAUGAACGUGACCCAUGGGGGCUGGACUGUCAUCCAGAGGAACCAGAGGGACACCCCCGUCACCUGGGCUGAGGCCUGGAGCACCUACAAGUUUGGCUUUGGGAACGUGCGCACCGAGUACUGGCUGGGCACCGAGUACAUCCACCAGAUUGCCAAGCAGAAGGUCUACCAGGUCAGGUUUGUCAUCCAGGACUCCGCAGACAACGUCAACUUUGCAGACUACAACCUGUUCAGCGUGGAGGACGAGUCCCACGGCUACCGGCUCAGGCUGGGCUCCUACAAUGGGACAGCUGGGGAUGCCAUGACCUCAGACAAUCCCAACAACAUGCACGACAACAUGAAAUUCUCCACAAAGGAUCAAGAUCAGGACACCUACAGUAAGAACUGUGCCUACAGCUACGAGGGUGGGUGGUGGUACUCAUCGUGUUAUUCUGUGCGGCUGAAUUACAAGGGUGGUCUGACAUGGGGCAACUUGUGCAAGGGGAACUGCAAAUCCUCUCUUAUCCUCAUCAAACCAGCUUCAUAUUGUUAG